CCAACAAGAGCAGCUCCAGUCUGCUGCCUCUCACGCCGCAACAGACCAUUCAUGGACGAACAGACUGGCCGCUCCAUCAGAUCCAGACCUCCCCUGCACCAGCAGCUGCCCAGGCGGCAGCUUACCAGCAGCACACGGAGAUGGUUCGGGAGCAGCAGCAGCCGAAGCACAUCCUGAAACAGGAGCAGACGGAGGGAACCUCUCAGCGCCGUCUCCCUUACAUCGUAGACAAGAGCCACCAGGAAAAGCAAACGCAGCAGGAUGUACACAAUUUAAGCCUGCUUGGCUAUCAGCUGAAGCCUAAAGGAGGGCGGCGGCGUUGGGGACAUGCAGCUGGACACGUUAAAGGAGAAGACUGGGACAACUACGAGGAGACUGAUCCGUCCUCCAUCAGUAUCCUUGGAAAACCUAACUUCUCAUCAGAGAAGUCGAGACAAGGAGACGACUCUCUGAGCAGGUUUGGAACUGUUCUGGAUUUCAGUCGACGCAGCGGAAAAGAAGAUGAACCUUUAAACCUGAACAAGACCGCAGCCUAUCAAGAGCCAUCAAGAACGGCCUCUGCCAAGCAGCAUUACCUGAGGCAGUCCAGAUAUCUACCUGGCAUCAGUACUAAGAAGAACGUAGCCAUGAAUGCCAGUAAAGAAUUCCCAGGAAGCCAUUUUUGUGGCAGCAGCAGUAUUGCGUUUGGAGGGACCCUGCCAAGCAGAGGAGCUCAUGGCACAAAUACGAUCCCAGGUGAUUACAUGCCAUCAUUUUACAAGAAAGACAACGGCUCAGUUGGUCACAGCAGAGGCCGUCAGGGUGUUUCCAUGGAAACAAAUUAUGCAACUUGGCGGUCUGGCCGGAGCCACAUGAACCCAUCGGCCAGCGUGUCGACAGCCAACAAGAGCAGCUCCAGUCUGCUGCCUCUCACGCCGCAACAGACCAUUCAUGGACGAACAGACUGGCCGCUCCAUCAGAUCCAGACCUCCCCUGCACCAGCAGCUGCCCAGGCGGCAGCUUACCAGCAGCACACGGAGAUGGUUCGGGAGCAGCAGCAGCCGAAGCACAUCCUGAAACAGGAGCAGACGGAGGGAACCUCUCAGCGCCGUCUCCCUUACAUCGUAGACAAGAGCCACCAGGAAAAGCAAACGCAGCAGGAUGUACACAAUUUAAGCCUGCUUGGCUAUCAGCUGAAGCCUAAAGGAGGGCGGCGGCGUUGGGGACAUGCAGCUGGACACGUUAAAGGAGAAGACUGGGACAACUACGAGGAGACUGAUCCGUCCUCCAUCAGUAUCCUUGGAAAACCUAACUUCUCAUCAGAGAAGUCGAGACAAGGAGACGACUCUCUGAGCAGGUGACUCUACUGAUCACUCGGGUUAUGUACGAAGUGUUUAAAAAACAUAAAUCUACGACUGGUUUGCUUCUCUG